GCUCCCAGUUUUCCUUUCUCGAGUAGACAAUCCCAUUACCGCUGCAUUCAUUAUCUACCAAAUUCGCUGCAGUGCCUGCACGCUGUGGACCGUAAACCAUACGCUUGUGUGAUCAAUAAAUCUAGCAGAGGACGCGUUCUUCCAUGCCUAACGCGCCUGCCAGAGCGAACCAUGACGGCGGAGCAGGGCGGGAGCGCUACCCAUCUGUGUGUGCAGCGGAAGGCCGCCGACAAGACAUGGGUCACGCUGGACGGCGUCCCCUACCGUAGUGACCAACGCGACGAGGACCGCCGCCACGAGAACAACCAUCUAGACUACAGCAGAAACGACCGUCGGCGCCAGCCACUGUCAUACGGCGGCGGGAAGAGAAAGGAGGCGCCUCCGGCGCCGCUGCUGCCUCCGCAAGGGCCGGCGUUCGCCGGCUGGUCGAUGGGGGAUGUGGCGGGUGUGGCGAGGCACCACUACGUGCCUUGUGCGUUCGCGCUCUCGCUCUUGCUCUUCAUGGCCGUCGAGUACACCAUUCCGAUGGUCCCUUCGACUUCUCUGCCUCUGGACAUCGGGUUCAUCCUCACCAAGUCUCUCCACUCCGUGCUCGCCACCAACCUCGCUCUCAACACCGUGCUCGCUGCUCUCAACACGGUAUUCGUGGGAAUGCAGACGCUUUACAUUCUCUGGACCUUCGUGGUGGAGGGAAGGCCGCGGCCGACCAUCGCGGCUCUCUUCAUGUUCACCUGCAGGGGAAUCCUUGGCUGCUCCACCCAGCUCCCACUGCCCCAAGGAUUUCUGGGAUCAGGAGUGGACUUCCCCGUGGGCAACGUCUCCUUCUUCCUCUUCUUCUCGGGUCACGUCGCGGGGGCGGUGAUCGCGUCGCUGGACAUGCGAAGGACGCGGCGGCGCGGCAUGGCCUGGGCCUUCGAUGCCCUGAACCUGCUGCAGAGCGUGAGGCUGCUCGCCUCGAGAGGCCACUACACCAUCGAUUUGGCUGUGGGUGUCGGUGCUGGAUUUGUGUUCGAUGUCCUCGCAGGCAAGUAUGAGGAGAGCUGGACGAAGCCUGCCGGUGAGCACCGGCGAGCUUGCUGCAGCUGCAGCAGUGGAUAACCAUUCGACGUAAUGCAACGUGAUACAGUUUCCCCAUUCACUCCGCAUUCUCCAAACUGCUGCGGAAAAGUUCUACGUGCUGUAUAUGCAAUGGUUCAUCUUCCAAGUGACUACAUCAUGUACAAGUUUUCCCUAACUUGUUAUUUGUUGCCUUUACCAUCUACAAGUUUAUCUUUGACGAGGAAAUGGCUAAAAGAUGAAUUAAGGUACAAGUAAUUUGGCAUUGAAUCAAGUUGAUCCAUUUCUUGUUUUCUU